GGUGCAUCUGAGAGAGGCCUUUCGACGACCAGAGCCCCCUUAGCCAGAGUUGAGGGGCGUCAGAGGAGUCAGAGGCUGAGGGACCCUGAGCCCAGGGAGGCGAGACCGUCUCGAGGAGGACGAAAGACCCUAGCCAGGAGAGAGGAGGAGCCAAAGCCAGAGCCAGACGCUGAGGAGCGAGGGGCAUACCCUGAGUGUGGGUUGGGACCAGUGGAGUUCUAUCGGUUCACCGAGGGUGGAUUGAGGAGGUCGCCAGCACGCGCACAGGAGGGGCCGCCAGCAUCUGAGGGGCCCUUGAAGGAAUUGGAGACGCAUUUGGAUAUCUCUCAGUGGAGGGCGUCGCCUCGGGGUGAGGAGCAUGGAGAGCAGGCAGAGGAGGUGCCCCGAGAGGAGGUGCCGUGGGAGAAGGUGCCACAUGAGGAGGUGCCACGGGAGGAGAUCCAGGGUACUCAGCGAGAGAGAGGGCUGGGCGAUCAGGGGAGACGUGCGGGGAAGGAAGUGAUAGAGAGGUUGGAGGUAGCGGGGGAGCUUCCGGAGCAGCAACAGGAAAGGCAGAGAUCAGAGGCAGCAGGAGCACUCCCAGAUCAGCCACCCAACGCGCCAGCUAAGGCCCCGGAGAUCCCUGAGAUGUGGAGAGACUUCUGGGAGCGAAGAGGAGAGGAGCUUCCCUCGCCAGUCAGAGUCGGGUUUGGGGUGGUCAGGAAGGCGGAAGAGAGGUUAGAUCGCAAAAUCAAGUUCCUGGCCAAGACAACUUUUGACCGAUACUUGUUAUUGGAGAGCGAUCUAGCAGGGAGGAAGAUGAAGGAAGCAAGCCAUGGAGUACGCCUGGAGGCUAUGGAGGUGGAAAUCCAGGAACUCAGGGCAUUGGUGGCCAGCCAGGCAGCUAUCAUCGAGAGCCUGAGGCAGCAAACCCAGGGAAAGGUGAACAGGCCAGAGAGCAGCCGGCAGGGAGAGCAGAGGCAGCCAGGACAGGGAUUGCCAGGACAGCCAUCUGUGGCAGAGCCUCGCCAGGAGCCACCUAUGGGGAGGAUUAUCCUGGAGCCAGAGGAGGCGAGAGCCCAGAGACAGGCGGAGAGAGAGGCAUUCGAGUUCAGAGCCCCUACCGAGUUUGCGACACUGCCACUGGCAGCGGCGGGCCCAGUCGUACCUUUGGCAGUAGAGGAGGGGCGUCCACCGUCUAGCAGUGAGCCGGCUCAGGGCUCAGCAGAAGGAUCCAUGGGCGUGCUCCUUGAGGCGGUGCAUACUAUGCAGCAGGAGGUGAGUUUGUUUUCACCCGAGCAAAGGAUAGAGGAGCCUCUUGAGAGAGAGAUGGGGAUUGAGGUGGAGGGUGCCAUCGGGGGCAGACUCCAGAGGAUGGGCACGCCUGAGUAUGGACCAGAGGAGAUUGAGGAGCAGCCCAUCACAGCGCAAGGAGAGACACUCGAGAGGAGACCUCAGAGGUUGGACACGCCUGAGUACGUCCCAGCGACAGAGGAUUUGAAGAGCAGACUGGGAUCUUGGGCUACUGGAUCUGGGUAUGGGGGACCGGUUCCUGGAAUGGAGCAGCAGGAAGUCGUUAGUACCGCAGCUCCUGGGACAGAGCAGCAGGGGAUUGUCAGUACCUUGGUAGGAUCUCCUUCAUCACCACCUCCUCAGCCCAAGAAGAAGAAGUUCAAGAGGAAGGUUGAUCAACUAUGUUUCUACUGCAAGAGGGACGUGCAUCAUGCUCUGGACUGUCUCGAGUUCCUUGAGGAUAAGGCAGCAGGGAAGGUCUCAGAGGUAGGAGUCCACGUCUUAAAGAACCGCAGGUGGGGGUACCACCGCGGCUAAGUCCUUCGGGACAUCCGUUAAAAUUGGAACGAUACAGAGUAGAUUGGCGUGGGGCCUCGGCACCAGUAAAGGCUAUAAAACGAG